AUGGCCAAUUGGAGCUGCAACACCUCUUGUGUCUCCCUCGCUGGCCUCCUGUCUCUCCUCCUCUUGCAACCCCUCACAACCACCACCUCUUUCACCAAUGGCAUCCGCGUCAACCUCGUUCCUAAGCCUGCAUCCGCCAUCCUCUCCUUUCGGGAGGCACCGGCUUUUCGCAAUGGCAACGAAUGCAGCUCAAGCAAGAAAGAUAACAUCCAUAUAGUCAUGCCCCUUGAUAUAAACUACAUCCGCGGCGCGGUUGCCGCCAUUUUGUCAAUUUUACAGCAUUCGACAUGCCCUGAGAAUGUUUCCUUCCACUUUCUUUCCCUUCGUCUGGAGCCUGGGAUAUCCUCAUUGAUCAAAUCCACCUUCCCUUACCUCACUUUCAGAGUCUAUCACUUCGAUUCUAAUCUUGUUCGCGGAAAAAUCUCCAAGUCCAUCAGACAAGCCUUGGAUCAACCUCUGAACUAUGCAAGAAUCUAUCUUUCUGAUAUUCUCCCUAGGGAUGUGGAACGUGUGAUUUAUGUUGACUCGGAUAUAAUCGUCGUCGACGACAUUGCAAAGCUGUGGGGUGUGGACUUGGGAGACCGCGUCCUAGCUGCGCCGGAGUACUGCCAUGCAAAUUUCACGACAUAUUUUACGGACACAUUUUGGUCCGAUGUCAAUCUGGCGAGAACUUUUGAAGGAAGAAGACCUUGCUACUUCAACACAGGUGUAAUGGUGGUUGAUGUUGAUAAAUGGAGAAAAGGGGGCUAUACACAGAAGGUUGAAGAGUGGAUGGUCAUACAGAAGCAAAGGAAAAUUUAUCAUCUGGGGUCUUUGCCUCCAAUUUUGCUCGUAUUUGCAGGCAAUAUUAAGGCAGUGGAUCAUAGAUGGAAUCAACAUGGUUUAGGCGGUGAUAACUUUGAAGGCAAGUGUAGAAGUCUUCACCCUGGACCGAUUAGCCUAUUGCACUGGAGCGGUAAGGGGAAGCCAUGGUUAAGAUUGGACUCCAGGAAGCCAUGCGCGGUGGACUACCUAUGGGCUCCAUAUGACCUCUACCGUUCAUCUAGAAUUGCAUUAGAAGAAUGA